AUGGACUCGCACGCCGUUGCUCCCCAUGAGGACCAUGAAAUCGUGUUGCCUUCAGGCGACAAAUUCCACGUCGUUGUUUUUGGCGGCAUCGACGAGGAGUAUACUCGGCGGGGGGAAACACCACCUCCUCUGCUGUUCUGUGUACACGGCGCCGGCAUGAGUUGUGCUAGUUAUUUUCUACUUUCCACUCAUCUGAUGCAUCCGCAGUACGCUGAAAAGGGUGGUGUCGAGCUGAAUCCUAAAGAAUCCGCAGACAUUGUUCGUGUGGUGGCAUAUGAUAUGCGUUGCCACGGAGACUCCACCUUCAACGGAGGUGAGGGGAGUCUCACCUUGCAAUUGCUUAUGGACGACUUUUUUGCCGUCAUACGCACUGUGAAGAGCACCCUCUUCCCCGAUACUCCCCGCCUCUACGUUGUGGGCCACUCACUGGGUGGUUCGGUGGCAAUGAAUGCCCUGAGUAGGUUCAAGGAACUGAUGAACAUGGUGGCGGGCGUAGUGCUGCUUGAUGUGGUGGAGGGCACCGCGAGGAUGUCGUUACGGCACAUGGACAAGUUUCUUCAGAACCGUCCGCAACAAUUCUCCGAUGUGGCGGAGGCACAAAGAUGGUUCUUGCAAAGUGGCGGCAUGACAACGGCUUCAGGAGCGGCAGUAACCGUGCCCCCACUCCUGAAACGUGUGGGCGACCAUUACGAGUGGAAGUCGAACCUGGAGGCCAUGGCGCCUGUAUGGUCUGGGUGGUUUAACGGGCUGGACGACGCUUUUGUUGGACUGCCCUGCCCGAAGAUUCUUUGCCUCGCCAAUGCCGAGCGCCUUGACGAUGCCCUUACCGUUGCCCAGAUGCAAGGGAAAUUCCAGUUUGAGGUUCUCGGCGGCGGGUGUGGGCAUUACGUCAUGGACGACCAGCCGGCUGCUCUCGCCUCGAAGCUGCGCCGCUUCAUCAAGCGGAUUGAGACUAUGUCGGAGAAACUACGAUUCAAUCUGCGGAAGGAAAUCGUAGCAAGUUGA